CCUAGGACGACUCAGUUCUCUCCUCGUUCUCUCUCAUUCUCUCUCUUCGCUCAUUGUCUUAGCCGUGUUUCUCUCUAUCUCUGCGUGCCAAAUCUCCUCUACCGCCUGGUCAUUUCUUCUUGUUGAUGGCCUGCCAACCCUCUUCUAAGUGGUUCUUCUCCAUCCUGUACAGGUCCUUGGUUCAUAAAUCAGAUGGAGGGGAAGAAGUUCUGCCAGCACCGUGAAGAUGCUCUGCUCGCACCGUGAAGACGGAUCGGAUUGAAAGAAGACAAACUGUACAUUCCCCAAAAGUGUUCCUGUCAGGCAUUUUGACUGGUGAAUUCAACUUUCAAAGCCCCUGCGUUCCAACAGUCAAGGGGAACGAUUUCGCACUAUUUCUCAAGAUGGAGUCGGAAGUCCGGUCGACCAGCAUCCGGCGGAAGCUCAGUCUCAAAGGCCUGCGUCGGGGAGGUGGGAGUCUUCGAGGCGGUCGCGGAACCCCGAGCUGUGUGGAAUCCGAGUUUGAAGUCUCCACUCCUCCCAGGAAAUCCAAUUGGGAGGUCAUCGAACAUUAUUCCGGUCUCCAGCGAUCCAGUAGCUUGAGACGUCCGGAACCGGUGAAAGAAGUGGAAGUGGAGUCCAUUCUGAUUCCGAUCAAGAAAUGGUGGCACGUCCAAUCUUUAAUGAAACGCGUCUUCAAAUCGCACCGAUUCAGGAACCUCGAAGUCGAAGCCCUGUACCAGAAGUACUUCCUGAGAAUGAACCAGCGAAGCCUGGCGGCAUUAGUGGGCCUGCUUCUCAUCUCGGACCUAAUCUUCAUGGGCCUGACCUAUUGGUUGGGAUGGGAAGAUGUGAUGACCCACAUCAUUGUCAUGGGUGCACAUGGCACCGUUUAUCUUAUUUUGGCUGCCCUCUUGACCCACCAAUCCAAGAGUGAAACUCUCCUUACCCUCUAUUCAUACAUUCUCCUGGCUUCUUGCUUCACCUUCCAAGUCAUGAAUGCAUUGGAUCCAUGGAGCCAUCCCCCCAUGCAAGGGAUCUGGUUGGCCAUGCUCUUCACGCAUUUGAUCUACGCCCUUCUGCCCCUUCACAUUCAAGAGGCAGUUGUGAGUGGGAUCAUACUAACCUCCUGCAAAAUCAUCCCUCAUUUCACUCACUCCCGCCCCGUCAAUUGGAAACAGGAACGGCUGCUGCUGUCAGUGUUGCCCCGGCAUGUCGCUAUGGAGAUGAAAGCCGACAUUGCAGGGAAACCCAAGGACACCAUGUUCCAUAAGAUUUACAUCCAGAGGCACGAAAACGUCAGCAUAUUAUUUGCAGACAUCUGCGGUUUUACAAGCUUAUCUGAACAGUGCACCGCCGAAGAACUCGUUCGUCUCCUAAACGAACUCUUUGCCAGGUUCGAUCAUCUGGCGGCCGAGCACCACUGUCUUCGGAUAAAACUUUUGGGCGAUUGCUAUUAUUGCGUGUCUGGAUUACCAGAAGCCAGGCCUGACCAUGCUCAGUGCUGCAUCGAAAUGGGACUGGACAUGAUUGAAGCCAUCGCUUUGAAAAGACGUGACCGUGAAAUGAGCCUUUGGAAACCGUUUGACGGUUGGCAAGAGCCAACCUUUGCAGCCAUGAAGCCAUUUGAGAGCCUAAUGGAAAAUCGGCCAGCUAUGACCCGGAUGAUGGACUACUGUCUGAUGGUUGAGGGGCUACUACUUUCUGGGAAAGUGUUGCUGGUGAGAGAGGUGACAGGUGUGAACGUGAACAUGCGGGUAGGGAUUCAUACCGGGAGGGUCCAUUGUGGGGUCCUUGGUCUCCGAAAGUGGCAAUUUGACGUCUGGUCCAAUGACGUCACCCUUGCCAACUACAUGGAAUCCGGGGGCAUUCCUGGUCGUAUUCACAUCACUAAGGAGACGUUGACCUAUUUGGGUACGGACUACAAAGUGGAACCUGGGAAUGGGGGUUCCAGGAAUAACUAUCUACGAGACAAUAACAUCGAGACCUACCUCAUCGUCAGCGACCAGGAAUUCCGAGACCAUCAUGCCCGGAAGAAAGCAGCCUUGGAGAUGAACGGGAACACGCGACCGAACCGGAAUCGAAGGCGGAGUCGCACUGAUAAAGGACAGCAUUUACAGAACCGGUUGGGAUACGGGGAGGAGGGAGAGGGGAAGAAGACGGAGAACGAGGUGACGGACUACCUGAGCCGAGCCAUCGAUGCCCGAUCCAUCGAUCGACUCCGAUCGCAGCACUGCAAACCCGGCCUCCUCGCUUUCCGUGAUCCCAGCAUCGAGCGCAAGUAUGCAGGGGAGCAGGACACGAUGCUAACCUCGUACUUCGUGUGCUCUUUCACAAUUUUUCUCUUCAUCACCUCGGUGCAAGUCAUAGUCUACAAAUGGUCCUUCAUGGGGCUAAUCUUUCUGACCUGCGUCGGCGUAGUGCUCUUUCUCGCCGUCAUCCUCAUCAUGGUCGACAGUUGCACGUGCAUGCCAAACAUGGUGACAGAGGUGUCCAAACGAAUCCACCGAAGCCGAGGAUUGUCUCAAGCCCUCGCAUCCAGCGUCAUCUUCACUCUCUUUCUCGCCGCUCUAUCCCCUCUGUUGAGCUUGUGGGUGUGGGAAGACCUGGUGAGUGGUUGUGUCCAAACAAAUGCAUCCGACUCCAAUGAGUCUGCGUCUUCCCUCGUCUUCGAGGGCAAUUUCACCCCUACUCCCUUUUGCCCUGAACAGGAACUAGCCGGACUUGAUUACAUGACACUGUUGGUGCUGCUGGUACUGAUCGCGUGUUCUGCCUACCAAAUGAUGACAGCCAUCCUCAAGAUCUUCCUUUUGAGUCUUAUCUCCCUUACCUACCUGACCUUUGUGGUCUUUGCCAAGGAGAAGGAGGAGAUGGAGAAACUUCGGGCAUACAACCGGAAGCUGUUGUCCAACAUUCUUCCCGAACAUGUGGCAGAACAUUUCAUGAGGGAACGCAGUCCCGAUGACCUGUACCACGAGCAAUGCGAGUGUGUGUGCGUCGUUUUUGCGUCCAUCUCCAACUUCUCCGAAUUCUACGUGGAACUGGAGGCGAAUAACGAGGGCGUGGAAUGUCUCCGUCUCCUGAAUGAGAUCAUUGCUGAUUUCGACGAGAUCCUCGGGCAGGAUCCUUUCAAGGUCAUCGAGAAGAUCAAGACCACAGGGUCCACCUACAUGGCCGCUUCCGGUCUGACGCAGAGUGCAUGUGAUAUGAAAAACUACACCCACGUGACGAUCGCGGCUGAUUUUGCCCUUCGUCUCCGAGAGCAACUCGAAUACGUCAAUGAGCACUCCUUCAACAAUUUCAAGAUCCAAAUCGGCAUGAGCAUGGGGCCGGUGGUAGCAGGGGUGAUAGGGGCCAGAAAGCCUCAAUACGAUAUCUGGGGGAAUGCUGUGAAUGUGGCCAGUCGCAUGGACUCCACGGGAAUCCCGGACAAAAUCCAGGUGACGCAGGACGUAUACCAGAUCUUGCAUGAACGAGGCUAUCCGCUGACCUGUCGGGGAACGAUCCAGGUCAAGGGAAAAGGGGAGAUGAUCACCUACUUUCUCAAUGGUCCCAGGGUCGCUGACAGAUGACAAUCACCGGCAACACCCCCAAUUUUGGAGGUGGACAUUUGAAGAUUCGACCUUCCUCCUGCCAUGGAAAGGGGGAAAGCAUUUCCCUUGUGAUAAUAGCCCAACAAAGAAACAAACUGCAUCGGUGUUGUUUUUGCCCCUUUCGAGGUAUGUUUGGCACGAUUUUCUUGAUCUCGACUCUGAAGAGCGACGAAGUCAAAAAUAAUUUUUUUCAAAUGCUUCGUAAGUGCAGUUCGUUGAGAGAGGCUUAUUUUUCAUAUAAUAUUUAAGACGGAAAGUGCUUCGCACCUUCAUGUGCUUGUGAUACCC